AUACGAUUUUUAUCAACAAUUGUUGAAAUUCAAAAAUUUUGGGCUGAUGAGGAAUCGGUUAUAUUUAUCAUUAGUGUGGUCCGUAUGCAUUUGCUGUGCCCGAAUUACACGAGAUUUUUUGUCGGCAUCUUCUGGCUGUUGCGUUGGAUUACAACUGCAGAAGAUCACAUCAUGAUCACUAUAGAACAAUAAUUUGAUAACUACUUUACUGUACAAGUAUACUUAUCUUAUCCGAAAAAUUAUGUUAUAUUUUAAUUUCUCGUUGAGGAGCAUCUUGCAUUCAUUUGUGUAGCAGAUAUCUUUACUUUCAGUUUAGCGAACUGCUUUCUCUGAUUAAAGUCCCAGAUCGUGAGAAAAAUGACCGUCGUAUUGAGCAUAUCUAGUUUGGCAUUUUGUAUGGCGAUUAUCCGCAGUGGAUAUUGCAUUGUGGAUAUCAAUGGAAAGUCCGUUGACAACAACGAGGCUGCUGUCGAACUAACCCGAUCAAGAAUUACGACGGAAAAGCGACUGCGAUCUUAUUUAUUUGAACAUUAUGAUCGGAAAGUGCGACCAUCAGGGAACAAAACCGACACUGUGUCGGUGUAUGUGUCGAUGAUGCUGUUGCACAUCGAAGGGAUCAACGAGCAGCGUCAAGUACUGAGGGUUCAUACAUGGACCAGCUUCCGAUGGAACGAUGUUCGUUUAGUAUGGGAUUCUUCGGAGUAUGCAAAUAUCACCACAUUGCACACCGCCGACGAAGAAUUAUGGCUUCCAGACAUUACGCUCUAUAACAACGCGGAAGGAAAGGAUAUUCAUAACUUUGGCUCGACCACUAUUAUGGUCCAAUCUAACGGCGACGUAGUAUGGGUGCCUCCAGCUAGCUUCAGCGCACAGUGCAACAUGAACUUUGACACCUGGCCAAGGGACAAGCAUCGAUGCCAUCUUUUAUUGGGAUCGUGGACACAACACGGAUUCGAUCUGGACAUUCAGUUAGAUGAUGCCGAAGCCGGCAUAGAUACAAGGAAUUUUGUGCAGAACGAUCAGUGGUUACUUACAAAUGUCUCCGCGACCCGGACCCAAGUUUUUUAUCCGUGUUGCGUGGAGCCGUACGUUUCUGUAUCGUUCACUCUGCAACUUCGUCGCAAUCCAUCGCAUUAUUUUCAUACCUUGGUCCUACCGGUUAUAAUUUUGCUUAUCGCAUCAUGGUUCCUGUUCAUCAUCCCAGAUUACCGAUUUCGACUGUUGGUUGGUUUACUGGAAAUUUUGGCACUAAGCGGGGAAAGUAUAUUUCUGUAUUCUGUGGCACCUCCAUCAACUGGAACUCCUCCAAUUGUCCGUCUUGUGGCGUUUAGUAUUGGAUUCGUGUUAUACGCUUUGGUGUUGUGCAUGAUUUUGGACGCCGUUAGACGCUGCUCAAAGCCAUUACCAAAGUGGAUCCAGGCAACUUUUAAUCCCAAAAUGGGUUUUAUUCUCCUUCUUCCUUCCACCUCAACAGCGCCAGAGCAGUUUUCCGAAAACCGAGGAAAAGAUGGGGAUAAAGAAUUUCUCACCGUUGAUUUCGAAAGAGAGAACAACCCACAGCAGGAGCUGACCGGAAACGAUAUUGCAUUACAGAGGUCAUGGAAAAUAUUCACGGAUAUCUUGUCACGCAUUUGCUUGCUACACUAUGCUAUUGGGAGCACAAUCCUAAUCAUUUUCUUAUGGUGAAAUGUUGCAUAAGAGAGCAUAAUUAUUGGUGCAACCGCUGUCUUAAAAUUUUGGUAGGGCAAAAGUGACGAUGUACGUAGCCUCAUAUUACACUAAUACCCAAUACAAAAUCGGCGUGUGCAAGCAGGAAUAGCUGUGGAAAUAGGUACAUCUAAUUAAAGACUGUUUCCGUUG